CCCUCCCCUAGACCCUUGUCUAACCCCUGGAUGUCCCUAACCAACCGUCUCUCUGCUGUGUUUUACAGUAGUAUACAUGGGGAAAGCUGCUUUGUGUGCAGAUUGUUAACUGUUAUUCAUCCUAGACAUAGCAUGCUUUAUUUUCUGUGGAGUGAUGAAACCAGUAGUUCUGUGUGUGUGGUGUCAGAAUAACCAGCUGUGUGUGGGUGCUGUUCGUUCCAGACAGUGAGUGACGUGAUGUCAUGUUCUCUCUUGUCUCAUGUGGCGUAUCCCUCUCCCUCCCCUGCCAUGUUGUCUCAGAAACAAACCCAACAGCAGGAGCAGCUCAGCUUUGGCUAUACGACUCUCCCCAACAGAGGGGAGCAGCCAAGAAGCAGUACAGAGUCAACCUGUGGCUCACGGAGCUGCCCUAAGAAAACCAUUCUGCUCUCCUCCUCUUCCUCCACCUCCUCACUCUAUCUUCACUUACAGAAAUGGAAACCCGUGCAGCUUGACGAGCCAGAGCCUAUUCACAUCCCUAGCAUUCAGGAGAGGUCUGCGAGAUUAGUCGCUAAGUUUAAGGGUAAACCUGAGAAACCAAAGCCUAAGAAAAAGCCCUCACGUUUCUUUAUAGAACAGUGGCACCGGUCUCACAGCCAGAGCUCAGAGAGCCCCCUCUCCUCCCCUGAAACGCUCAGACAGGAGCUAGAGCUUCUGCGCUCUGAUGACCAAAUGCUCUUACAUAGCCUUAGUAUACAGGAGAGGGCUGAGCAGCUUGCUGAGCAGUUUCAAAGCAAGCCGACAAAGCCACAGCCUAAGAGAAAGCGCUCACGUUUCUUUAUAGAACAGUGGCACCUGUCACGCAGCCAGAGCUCAGAGAGCCCCCUCUCCUCCCCUGAAACGCUCCGACAGGUACCCUCUCCCUCCUGAGGAGAUCUGCAGUGGGGGCUGACUCUAACACACUCAUUGCCUCUGGGAGAUGGGCCAAAUAACUCACUGCCUGUCCUCUGAUAUGUGAUUGAACUGAUUUCCAAUGUGUGUCCUAACAAGCAUGUGGACAAUGCAUACAGGAAUGCAUACUAGUCAACAGCUGUUGCUCCUCAUUAAAGUAAUGGUGUAUAGUCAUCGCUGGUGUUGUAAUGGUUAAACUCCAAGCACCUUUUCUGUCAGACACUGCAUGUGGUGGUGUGGCUCAUGGCUUUAUUAGUGUUUUAGGGUUCAAGAGUUCUAUGCAGGUUUGCACAUAUUUGAAAACACUAAUUCAAAGCAGUUCAUUGGAUUGGUGAGCCGACACAUCUACACGCUUGAUCAACCAAACAUGGCUUCAUUUCCCUCUCAUGAUAUCAGUUAUUUUCCAGUGCUCUUUAGUGCCUUACCUAUCACAUUCCUUUGCAUUCUUUGCAUGUAUUUAUUUUUCCUCCAUGUCUCUUUCUCUCAUCCUACCGUCCUUUCUUUCUUUCUCUGCCGUCGAUAGAGA